GUUAACGUAGUGGUUGCUGAUGUAUCUUGGUAGUCUGUAAGCCAUUUUUGUUGCCAAUUCAUCUGCUUAAGGACCGGAAGCGAGGAAAGGACGCAUUAAUUGUUCAGAAAAAUAAUUAUGACCAAUGACAUCUCGGUAAAUGCAUGUGAGUUACCACCUUAUUCAUCGCCAUUGGACAACAUUCACUCUUUAAUCGUUGAUUGGACAACAUCGUUGCAACGCUUUUUCAAGCUUUUUAUUUUAUUGCGGAUGUUUUGGUUCCAAUCGAAAAAAUCAGAAACGGGUGUAUUUAGCUAGUUGACUCAAGCCGAGCAGCUAAAUAACCAGGACUAUCAUGAAGAGAGUCACUCUGUUUGUCAACGGAACGUCUUCCAAUGGCAAGGUUGUGGCGCUGUAUGGAUCGCUGACAGACCUGCUGUCCGUCGCUAGCAGUAAACUGGGAAUCCGAGCCUUCAGCGUUUAUAACGGGACAGGCGGUCUUAUAGAUGACAUAACGCUUAUAAGGGAUGAUGACGUGCUGUAUGUGUCUGAGGGCGACUCCUUUGAUGAUGCGAGUAAGACAAAGUGUGCAGACCCCCAGGAUGACCCUGGUUGUCCAGACUGGUUCCAAACUCACACUGAUUGGCUGACGCUCAACGUUGGGGGUUGCUGCUUCACCACCACACGGAGCACUCUGGUCAGUAAAGAACCAGCGAGCAUGCUGGCCCACAUGUUCCGAGACAAAGAUGUGUGGGGUAAUAAACAGGACUCCCAGGGUGCCUACCUGAUAGACAGGAGUCCAGGCUACUUUGAACCAAUCCUCAACUACCUGAGACACGGACAACUCAUCAUCAAUGACGGCAUCAACCCACUGGGUAUGCCACACACUCACAAUGUACACACUGGACUUACACACACACACACUAAUAGCUACUUCAUCUCUUUCUCAGGGGUCCUGGAGGAAGCUCGGUUUUUCGGCAUUGAGCAGCUGGCUGAGCAACUGGAGAACCUGAUCAAGAGAUCCCAGCCUGCUGAUGACCACUCCCCUCUAACCAGGAAGGAGUUUGUACGUUUCCUGUUGGCCACACCCACCAAGUCAGAGCUGCGCUGUCAGGGUCUGAACUUCAGCGGUGCAGACCUGUCUCGCCUGGACCUGCGCUACAUCAACUUUAAGAUGGCCAACCUGAGAGCUGCCAACCUCACUCACGCCAACCUCAGUGGUGCCAACCUGGAGCGGGCAGACCUGUCCUCAGCCUGCCUUGACGGAGCUAACCUACAGGGUGUUAAGAUGCUGUGUUCUAAUGCGGAGGGUGCAUCUCUGAGAGGCUGUAACUUUGAGGACCCUGCUGGAGUCAAAGCCAACAUGGAGGGUGCCAACCUAAAGGGGGUGGACAUGGAGGGUAGUCAGAUGACGGGUAUCAACCUGCGAGUUGCCACACUGAAGAACGCCAAGCUGAAAAACUGCAACCUGAGAGGAGCUACACUGGCUGGCACAGACCUGGAGCUCCCUCCCUCUCUUUCUCCCCCUCUCUCUCAGAACUGUGACCUGUCUGGAUGUGAUCUACAGGAAGCUAACCUUCGAGGGCUCCAACGUGAAGGGAGCCAUCUUUGAAGAGAUGCUGACUCCACUGCACAUGUCUCAGAGUGUGCGAUAACCCCACUGCACAUGUCUCGGCGCGUGCGAUAACCCCACUGCACAUGUCUCGGCGCGUGCGAUAACCCCACUGCACAUGUCUCGGCGCGUGCGAUAACCCCACUGCACAUGUCUCGGCGCGUGCGAUAACCCCACUGCACAUGUCUCGGCGCGUGCGAUAACCCCACUGCACAUGUCUCGGCGCGUGCGAUAACCCCACUGCACAUGUCUCG